CAGCAAAGUGCCUUGUCCCACUUGCCGAGCCAGAUUUUGCAUUUUAGAUGUUUGCAUUAUACGAUGAAUCAUACCUGGGAGAUCAUAUAGCACAUAGGAAUGACAUGAGCUGUGGAAACAAGUAUUUUAUGAUGGUGGUGUUUAGACACGGCUCCAAGUUCCUUUCAAGGAGCUGUAGAGAGCUUCCCGUCAUAGAGAGAAGAAAUGGUCGCCUGAGUCCACCUUUCCUCUCUACAACCACACGCACUUUUCAGCUGGAGCUCCGUAUCCCUGCCUCCAUCCUUAGGCUGUCUCCCUUCAGCCGGUUCCGCUCUCUCGCCUCAUCCCCCGGCACCCGACAGCCCUGCGCCGCCCCUGUGGAGGCAGGGCCGCGCCUGCGCGCCGUCUGCGGGCCGCAGCCGAGUGCGCUGGCGGCUCCGGUGCGCUGGGCCAUGUCCGGCGGGCAGCGGGGCCUGCCGCCCCGGGGCGGCGGGGAGCCGGGCGGGCUGCGCAGUUCUGCACAACAUUCACACUGCUGGCAUCAAGACCAAGAAGGUAGAAGUUGGCAUGAUUCGCAUUCUUUGGUGUUGAAUAAAUGUCACUGCAAACACUUGGGGCAAUGGCUGGGCAGCUCUACAACAGCACCAGAACAUUCAGGGCCUCUUUCUACUUGCUCUAGCUGGGAAGGUAGAAUUGAAGAAGGCAGAACAAUGAGGAUGUCAGCUAAAAAAGUGACAAAUUCUGUUCCAAGUGAUUCCACCAACCCAGCUGAAAGGGAAACAGAUGAAGUGGUUCUGAGGAGAAGACAAAAACAGAUCAAUUUUGGAAAGAAUACCCUUGCCUAUGACAGAUAUAUUAAAGAAGUCCCAAAGCAUCAGCGAAUCCCUGGAGUUCAUCCUAGAACUCCCAACAAAUUCAAGAAGUACAGCCGUAGAUCCUGGGACCAGCAGAUCAGGCUGUGGAAGAUAGCCCUACAUGCCUGGGAUCCUCCUCCAGAAGACACCUGGGACCUGCAGCCAGUGAGUACAGAAGCCUCGGGAAGUUCCCAGGAAUGGUUCUGCAAAGAUCAGGAUGCUUCUGGCUCCUUUGUGCUUGAUGAAAACCAGAAGAUAAAUGAGAGUGAGGAUGAAUGCAAACAGGCUGACUAUACACCAGAGAGCCCCUGCUCUCCUUAUUCUUCUCCAGUAUGGAAACGUAGAAAAAGAAACAGCCCUGACUCCUCUGUGGUUUCAAAGAGCAAAAAUCAUUAUGAAAACAUACUGGAAAGGUAUAAAAUGACUCUCCAUGGGGAAACCCAAAGUCUCACAGAACCAGGACAUCAGGAGGCCUUUUCAGAGUGGGAAGCACUUGGUGGAAAUGAUGGAGUAAUGACAGUACAGGAUGGUACAGAAAGAACAAAUGACCCACUUCCAGCCAGUUGUUCUUCAGGAUGGAAUAAUCAAAAGCAGAAAACCCCCAGCUUCUUUCUGCCUGACAGCAAAACUUGGAGAGACACAGACUGCAGGCUGGAGAGGCUCAAACUUUGCGGCAGUUUGUUGGAUGGACACCAGUCAGAAUACUCCGAAAGGGGAUGGGGAGAUGCAAGUGCUGAAGGCAGAGGAAUGAGGAAAAAUAUCUAAAUACCAAGUCUCUCCUUGUAUAUAGAAGUAUCAAAGAAGAAGGACUUUUUCCUGUGACAGAAAAUGAUUUGAGGAAUUGGGAUGUAGUCUGAGAUCAGCAGAUCAAGUCUUGGAAACCUGGUGCAGUCGCAGAAGAGCUGCACUGACAGAGGAAGAGAUUUACAGCCAGCAUGUGUGCAGUCCACACAAGGUGAAAUGUGCAGGUUUCUCCAGAUCUUUAAGGAUAGUUUUCUGCAAGGCCUUCAAGUGUAAAGUUCCAGCUUUGGUUAAGCCUCUGCUGCAGUGAUGAUGGAUGCUCCUUAAAGCUUUUGUGAGAGUCUUUCUGCUGGACCUACACUGGCAGAUGACAUCUGCAUCCUGCUGUGAAGGCUGCUUCAGCUGAUGGAUCCUGCUGCUGCCAUGGUGAGAUUGUGCUGCUUAGCCUGACUCCAUGUUACACUGGAAAACUGGUCCAAGAUGGGAGUCAAACUGAAGAAUGUCACCCCUCAAACCAAGGGGAUGAACCCCGUUCGCUCCUCUGGACCAGAACUAUGCUUCAGAAGAAUGUAGAGAACUUCAGCCUUCCUCCAAGCUGCUAAAGAUAAACUGUUCUUGGCUUUUGGUGAUCAUCCCUGUAGCUGUUGGCUGCUCUCUAAGAGCUGUUAAGCCAGCAUUGUCCUGAGUCUACUGGGAGGAGAGAAGGGCAAAGAAAAUGAUUAUCAAAAUCAGAUCCCUCUCCUUUAAGGGAUAAGUGAAGAGCAACCUGGGGUUUGCUUUAGUGUGUGUGUGUGUUGCAGCCUGAGCCAAAGAGUCAAUCUGCUGUUAAGUGUAAGAAGGUGAUUGUAGUGCCUGCUCUUGGUGCUGCAGCCUGAGGGCUGUGGUGGUGCUGAGAUAGGCUUUCCUAGUUUGCCUCCUCUAGCACUGCACUCAGAAGGUCCAGGUUAGAGCUGUGCCUACAGUGAAAUUUAGACCAAAUCCAUGUGUCAGUUGCAAGGCUGUUUGGCAGUCCUUGUUGCACUUUAUGUAGCAUGCACUGGUAUAUGGAUGUCCGGGAGUUGGGAAUUGUGUCUGCUGGAGUCUGGCUUUUCCAGAGGCCUCUGCAGUGGUGUGGAUAAUGGGCAGCAGCAUUGCUAUGGGGCUGGCAGUGUACCCAGGGCCAGAAGCCCAUUGUUGAAGCAAGCUGCUUCCCCAGAAACCACUCCCAGACAUCAUUUCCAGGUGUUGGGGUUCCAUUAUGUCCCAGCAGGGCCCUGUUUGUGCAGCACUUUCUAAAGCACUCCUGUGUAGAACUAUGAUGUUGUCUGCAUGCUCUCUUGUGGUCUGUGGUGGGUGUACCUAAGGGAUGUGUCACCUUUGGGCAAAGAAAUAAAUAAGACUUCAACUUCCAAA